AACCUUAACCUUAACCUUAACCUUUGCAACCUCUUCUCCAUUCUUUGUUCACCCAUGGGAAGAAAUGCACAAGAACAAGUGAUCCUACAACAACAAUCAAAGAUGGAUGAAAUUGAAAUCGCAAAAUCGAUGAUAACUUCCUUGCCAACUUCACCAAAUCACAACAUUGGAAGCAGACCAACAAGCAUGGUAAUGAAGAAAGCACAUACGGUGUUUCCGGCACACUUGGUGGCCGAAGCCAUAUCAACGCUCCAUGGACUCGACCUGAGAUGGUCAGGUCCGAUCACGCCACAAGAAAUGGAAUACGUGAAACAAUAUAUUUUUGCAAAGUACCCUGAAUAUUGCAACGGACUUAUUGUUGAAGAGGGAGACAAGAUCGAUUUAUACAAUAUUUGUAGCAAUGAUGAAUCAAGUUUGGAAGCAAGUAUAAUUAGUGAUGACAAACGAAAGUAUUCCCCUAGAGUUAUCACAAUAAAAGACUCAUCUUCGCCCUCAUCCUUCAGUCCUACAUAUGAUCUUGAUGGUACACAAUUAGAGCCUUCAAAAUUGCUUGAAAUUUUGAACAAAAAAUCCUCGUUCCAAGGUAAUUUCAUGUCCAUUCCGGAGAUCCAAGUCCGGAAUAAAGCCUUGCAAAAUUGCGGGUUACAAGAAGAUGAAUAUCUCGUCUUAUUCACACCAACAUUUAAAGAAGCCAUGGUGAUGAUAGGGGAAUCUUACCCUUUCUUUAGAGGGAAUUAUUACAUGAGUAUUAUUAAUGAAAAAGAAGAUUCUGUUAGAGAAUUUGUAGGUACUAAGGACUCGAAAGUCGUAGCUGCUCCAGAGUCAUGGUUGGAUCUACGAAUUAAAGGAUCACAACUUAGCCAGUAUUUCAGGAGAAAGUGUAAAUACAGUCCAAAAGGGCUUUUUGCAUACCCUGCCUAUGUUAAUGGGACUAGUUAUUCAAUGCACUGGAUUUCAGAGGCUCAUCGGAAUUCUUGGCAUGUGCUUUUAGAUGCCACCGAAUUGGAACCAACAAAGGAGCGAUUGACAUUGGCGCUUCAUCGACCCGAUUUUGUGAUAUGCACCGUAGAUAAUACGCAUGCUCAACCAUCAAAAAUUAUUUGCCUUUUGGUGAGAAGAAAAUCGUUCGAGACUACUCAACCUUUAGUGAGUGAUUCUUGAUAUGAGUCAAAAGGGUUUGUAUCUAAAACGUUUCUACCUGUGUAUGAUUUCUUUGAGUUUGAGGUGUCAGAGUCAAAAGAUUUUUACAAUAUAUGUAAUAAUAGAAGGGUUGAUUUAU